ACAUCUUAAUUAGUAAAUUCUUAAGAAAACCCCGAAAAUCUCCCGAACGGCGGCCCCUUCUUCUCCCACCAGAACGGCAGCUGGCUUCUUUGUCCAGCAUCACUCUCAUCUCUUCACUGCGGCUGCUGCUAUGUCUUCUCUCUCCACCGUUGCUGUGGCUAUGUAAUGUCUCUCCAGCGACGAUGCAACCUGUCACUUCGUCGCCGAUCUGCUCUCAUCUUUCCGCCGCUUACCCCGUCUCGGUUUUUGGAGGCCACAAUUGAGGAAUAUUUGGCAUCACGUUCUGUGUAUGAGAUUAUAAGGUAGUUUAUUUGCAACUUGCCGAUUUACGUCAGAAGCUCCAAUAAUGGCUGGAAUAGCUAUACUUCUAGAUUUGUGGAGGAAAAACCAAAACUUUGGCUCUGGGUUGCACUCUCCACAAGCCUUUCAGUCUUCUGCUUUUUUCUCUGCUUCUGCUGCUGUUGGUGCUGCAGCUUCUUUUACUGUUGGUACCACUGGCUUUGCCUCAAGGGCUUUGUUUGGGUCUCCAGUUGCUUAUUGCGAUGCUGGUUCAGCAGUAUCUGAAGAUUAUAUUUCUGGUCUGCAAAGUACUUCUAAAGGGAUUUAUAAUAAUGAUGGUGCUCUAAGAUAUAGUACUACCAAACAUUACAAUGUGGAGCUUAAGCCUCUAUUCUCUGCUUUUGAAUUUAGGCCAUUCAUGAUGACAUCGCUAAGGUCAUUCUUAAUGUUCUAUUUGCCUCUUUUGGAGCCUCGUGCUGAAAUGGAAGAUGAUGAUUUCCUUGAGGAGAGGGAAGAACAACCAACUGAUCUGGUUGUCCCCUUCAAGAAAUCAGUGAAGCAAAUCAUCCGAGAGACAACCGUUGUGACGACUAGAAGGAUUUUAGAAAGAAUUGCUUUUCAUUAUGUUUCACAAAGAAUGGCAUGGAAAAUUCUUAAAGAUGUCCCUAAAUCAGCUACUCGCAAGGCUGCGAGGAAUAUGGCUUAUCAUGUUUACUUCUUUUGUGUGAGCAGAACAACUUUUAGAGGACACAUGCUUGGCGUUGCAGCAUCAUGGAUUGUCCAAGUAGGCAUUGAUGUGUACCGGUUUUUUAAAUCGAUUCUCAAGUCCACAGAUGAUGUGGGUGACAUUGUUGACAAAUCCGAACAAGUUGCAAUUCUUGGGCAGAAAAUUUUCAUUGCUACAGUUAGGUGUUCGUCGUCUCUAAUCUUUGCUUCCAUAGGAGCUGGCAUUGGUGCUACCCUUAUUCGUCCAUCGCUUGGCCAGUGGAUUGGGUGUGCUGCUGGUGAUUUGGCUGGUCCCAUUAUUGUAGCAUAUUGUGCCGACCAACUAUUUCAAGUGAGAUUUUGCUAAUUAUAUUUUCUAAAAGAUUCUUUACCAGCUUCCGAAGACUGGCAUUUCAUAGAAUUUCCUCUUCUAUAUGCCUUGUCUAAUUGAGUCACUAAAAGUUGGCCGAUAAAAAGAAAUAAAGCUAGGCUCAACCUUCAAAGGAGUUGUUGUUAACAAGAUAUAAUUAUAAUAUAUUAAUAUAUCAAUCCUUCUUAUAUACACCACUACACCAGCACCAGUGGUUUAGUAGUAGAAUAGUACUCUUCAAUCUCAUGCAGGGAUAACAGUUGGGAGAGCGUUAGACUGAAGAUCUGAAGGUCGUGUGUUUGAUCAAUGCUCACCGCAUAUUUUUAAACAUUCUAUUUCACUUUAAUUCUGAAAAAUAUGACAUUUGGAAACCUUUAAUUUGGAUUAAUUUGAUGAUCAUAUUAAUCAUACCACAACCAUAUUAUUAUAUAAUUUUGCAAUAUUAUGGAUUGAACGCACGUAAGCUAGUUUAAUUAUGUUUUUAAUAUGCUCAUGGCCUUGUCGUAUAUGUUUAGUUGAUGAUCCCUGGUUUCAGAUCUUGACAUCAUCCCACUUGUAAUU